CCCGGAAGUGGAUGAAUAGACGCUGUGUAUGUCAUGACCUGGGCUGGAAUGGUCAAAGCGAAGGUCAUACGCGCUGGGGUAUAAAGGAGGGCGCUGUGGCAAGCGGGCUUGUCACUUUCCACCCCACAUCUGCUACCAGAACCGAGUGCAUCGCAUCACGCACGCCCGCCCUGCUUGCUCAUCUAUCUCUGCUCGCAUCCCUACCACUGCGUGCACCUCUACUACCGCUCAAGCAGCCACUGCGACCUAUACGCAUACCAAGUUCCAACCAACGAGCACAACUAGCGAACAACUACUACUACAACCCAGCGCACGAUGUCGUCCACCAACCUCAUGAACAACCUCCCCGCACGCCUGAUGCGCAUGUCCCCGUCGACCUCGUCCGACGAUGCCACAAGCGCGCCUAGCGAGGCAUCCACCAACGCGCACAGCGAAGCGUCGACUGGCGCGACCACUCCGGCGACUACCCCCGCCCCCGAGCUACUGAAGGUCCCCGCAGCCUCCCGCGCGGGCACCCCGCCUCCUGCCAACGACAUCGCCCCCGCUUCUAUCCACGGCGCUGACACCGCGUCCGCCAACGAUAUCACACCCACUUCCAACAACGAUGACGCCCAUACCCCCGCCGUUGCAACCACCCCCGCCCCUACCACCUCCGCCCGUUCGACCCCCGCGCCGACGCGCGCUGCCCGGCGCAGCGCGCGCAUCGUCGAGAAGUCGCGCGCCACCACGCCGAGCGUGGCUGGCAGUGCCGCCGGCAGCACCAGCUCUCGCGGAAAGAAGCGCGGCGUGAGCGCCGUAGAGGCCAAGUCGACGAAGCGGCGGAAGACGAGCGAGGAGAGCAGCGCGACGGGCGAGACCACUGAGGACGACGCGGUAGCAGUGGAGCCCCCCACGAUCGUGGUCACUCCAGCGUCAGCAGCGGAGCCCAAGACGAAGACGUCGCGCGCGCAGGGGAAGCGCAAGCGCACCGACGACGAGGAGGGCGAGGAACACAGCGAGGGCAGUCCAAAGGAGAAGAAGGCGCGCGCGACGAAGUCGAGCAAGGCGAAGUCGACGCCGAAGGAGACCAAGACGACGCGGAAGAAUGCGAAGACGAGCCAGAGGACGAGGUCCCCGUCACCAACUCCGAGCGAUUCAACACCACCAACCCCUAGCGCGUCCGAGCCAGUACCCUCGUCGAUCUCGAUGUUGCUUGCUGCAGCUUCAUACCUCGCUGCGCAGCCUACCUCCUCCACCUUGCCAUUGCCCGUCUCUACUUCUUCGCUCGCGCCCCUACCUUCAGCACCCGCCUGCCCUUCUCCCUUGCGCACCUGCACGACACUUUCCACCGACGCGCCCGACCACUACCACUACGACGAGCCCGUCCUCCGCGCGCGAAACGAGUUCUACAACGAGGAGACGCGCAAGCGAAACGACUGGAUCUGCGGUCACUUGCCGUGCGGUGCGCCUUUUGGUGUGAACUCGAUAGAGAUGCUGGCGGAGGUGUUCAUUCUGGAUGAGAAGUGGCGGGCAUAGAUGUCAGACGGCCAGUACGAUACCAUAGAUUUCCUGCUUGUUUUUCCUUUUCAUCUCGUCUCUUCUCCUAAUCAUCUUCUGCAUUCGAAUUUAUCUGUGGAUUCCCGUUCAGCCUCGUCCCCGUC